GUUUUCUCUGCAGUCUCUGUGCUACAACUGUUUCAUAUUGACAACUGACUCAGGGGACUCUUUGCAACAGUCCAGUUUACCACCUCUCACAAGAAGAUUGGUAAAAAAAGCCUGCAUAGCACUUUCUGGGAAUGUGAAAACUGGCUACCAGGGAAGAAAUUUCCAUCUCAGUAUCAGCCUGUUCUACAUAAUUUGAACACUCAAGAAGCAUGCAUUUUCUAAGCAUGGAUACAGACGCCUCAGCCCUUACGGUUGGCAUCAUAAAACUGAAUGGAAGCAAUUACAUUAAAACUGAUGAUUGUUACUUCAAGAUCCAAGUCAUGAGCCUUCUUUCCCUCAUCAUUUCCCCUGUUGGGAUGGUACUAAAUUCCACAGUGCUGUGGUUUCUGGGCUUCCAGAUACGCAGGAAUGCCUUCUCUGUCUACAUCCUCAACCUGGCUGGGGCUGACUUUCUCUUCCUGCACUCUCAGUUUUUGUUUUACCUUCUUGCUAUCAUUUCCACCAAAUAUUCCAUUUCUUUCAAGAUCCCUCUCAUUUUUGAAGUGUUGGCAAAAUUUGCUUAUCUUUCUGGCCUGAGCAUUCUCAGCACCAUCAGCAUUGAGCGCUGCCUGUGUAUCAUGUGGCCCAUCUGGUACCGCUGCCAACGACCAAAACACACAUCAUCUGUCACCUGUGUCUUGCUUUGGGCUUUGUCCCUAUUGUUUGCUCUUAUGGAUGGGGUGGGAUGUAGCUUACUGUUUAAUAGUCUUGACCCGUCUUGGUGUUUCACAUUUGAUUCAAUUACUGGUUCAUGGUCAAUUGUUUUAUUUGUGGUUCUCUGUGGGUCCAGCCUCAUCCUACUUGUCAGGAUCUUCUGUGGCUCCCAGCGGAUCCCUGUGACCAGGCUGUAUGUGACCAUUGCACUCACAGUGUUAUUCUUCCUGAUAUGCUGUCUUCCCUUUGGGAUCUCCUUGAGCAUCCAAUGGAGUAAAACUCUGAGAUAUGUUGGAGUUUGUGAUUAUUUUCAUGUGGAACUAGCCCUAUCCUGCAUUAACAGUUGUGCCAACCCUUUCGUUUACUUCCUUGUUGGCUUUAUUCAUCAGCGGAAGUUCCAACAGAAGACUCUGAAACUUCUUCUUCAAAGAGCAAUGGAGGACACACCUGAAGAAGAAAGUGAAGACAGGGGUCCUUCACGAAAUCCUGAAGAACCUAAAGCAGUGUAGUGUAGCAACCGAGAGCUGCUUUGAUCAGACAAAAGUAGAUUUUAGAAAAAAAAUUUCUUUUCUUAUCUCUGUGGGCCAUUUUCACAAUUUUGUUCAAUUUGUUUCCUAAUAUUCAGUCAGUUAAAAAAUAAGCAAUUUUGUGAAAGUUAAUAGAUACAAGACUUGUCAUACAAAUACUGACUGUAGUAUUUUUGGAGCUGUGUUACUCAGACUUCACCAUUGCCUUUUGAUGGGACUCUAUGUAAGUGUUCUGGGGUUGAGGAGAUCUAUUGACAACUAUUGACAAAUCCCUCACUCAUCUAAAGGCUAAAGGAUGCGCAGAGAAGGACUGUACUUCUUUAGUCACUGAAAUUUAUAGUGCAAAACAGAUAUUCGAUUCUGUAAAAAUUCUCUGUCCAUUUGGAAUGCCUCCAUUGUUGUAAUGUUCCUAUACUUUUGUUUCAAGAGUUAAACAGGUACACUUUAUAAUCAUAGCAAUUAUUAUUUUCUUCAGAUUAUAAAGAAUAUAUGGAGUGAUGGUCUUUCUUAUGUAAAUUGCUUGGUAAACAAAUAUGCAUUCUCAA